AUGCCCCUCCUCCGGCCCCGCAAUGCGCUACUACUCUUCUGCGUCACAAUCGCCUGUGUCUAUGCAGAAAAAGUAUCAUCCUCAGUAGCCUCGAUGUCAAUGCCCGAGAUCGAGGAGAAGUUGCAGGAAUGCCCCCUCGUGCAGGACCUAAAUAUCCACAAACUCGCGACUUCUCCGAAGACGUCUACUUUAACGUCGCGGAUCUUCGCAAUCCUCUUCCCGGGCUCCCCAGCCGUGAACGCCCUCCUAGCAACCCUCUACAUCUCUGGGCCUCCGAAUUUCCUCUUGGCAUUAUGUCCGCCGAAUAUCGAUCCUUCGAGCUUGUCUGUCAUGGUCGCGUUCGCGGUGGGAGGGUUACUGGGUGAUACGCUGUUCCACUUGUUGCCUGAGAUCUUCCUUGGAGAGGAUAGUCCGCAGCACGUAAGGUUCGUGAUGGUAGAGCCGAAUCGGAAUUUGUUGUUGGGCGUUGCUAUUAUGGUGGGCUUUGUGACGUUUGUGGCGAUGGAUAAGGGGUUGAGGAUUGCGACUGGGGGAGAGGGACAUGGACAUGAUCAUGGAAAUGGGAGUGUGGAGGUUGUGAAGCCGGUUGGGCGCUCGAGUGCUGUUGAGGGAUCGUCGGGGAAGAGUGCAAAGUCGAGGAAGAGGGUGGCUGCGAACGAGCAGACGGAUUUGGUUGCCGUGAAGGAAGAGAAGGAGAUCAAUGCAAGUGUUAAGCUGGCGGGCUAUUUGAACCUGAUCGCCGACUUCACGCAUAACAUCACGGAUGGGCUUGCCAUGUCCUCUUCUUUCUACGCUUCUCCUACGAUCGGCGCAACUACCACAGUUGCUGUCUUCUUUCACGAAAUCCCGCACGAGGUUGGAGACUUUGCAUUGCUGAUUCAGUCGGGGUUCUCGAAGCGGGCCGCUAUGGGCGCGCAAUUUGUUACAGCAUUGGGGGCGCUACUUGGCACGGUGAUUGGAAUAGUUGUUCAGGAAUAUGGAGGAAGUGGGGGGAAUGGAGAAGGUGGCAGAUUUGAUGGGCUGAUGGGCACAAGCCUUUCCUGGGGCGACAUGCUGCUGCCAUUUACUGCGGGGACGUUCUUGUAUGUUGGCACUGUAGCUGUUAUUCCAGAGCUUUUGGAGACUGGGAAAGACAGGAGUUUGGAGCUAAGGAAGACGGCACAGCAGUUCAUUGCGAUGGCUGCUGGCGCUGGAAUUAUGCUUUAG